AUGUUUGAUACUCUUGGACACAUUUGCAUGACUUGGUGGUGUAUGAUGCUAUUUCAACCCUUGCAUGCUGACAUCCAGUGUACAGGGUCACAAGAAUCAACUUUUAGAAAUGUGAAAAUGAAUUGGGAGAAAAAGGAACUGUCCUGGGAGACCAGCAAGAAUUUCACUAUCUACAACUGUAACCUCAUGGCGAAGGGCAUGGGAAUUGUACAGAUAGAGGCGAAUAGUCCGCUCUGCACGUUUCCAGUGGAACAAUACAUACCUCUGCACAAAGGGUUACUCUUUACCAUCGAAGUGCCAAACACAAACAUCUCCGAAUCCUGCACCUUUAUCCCUGGAGGCAUGAAUGGGUCGGCCAUUGAAAACUUCUCCUGUGUGAUUUAUAACGUUUCCCUCAUGAACUGCACUUGGCAAGCAGGCAGGAAUCAAGCAGGCUGGAAUGCUCCAGCAGAUACCCAAUAUUUUCUCUACUGGCAGAACUCAAGAGGCAACAAUUUAACGGAAUGUGAGCUUUACAUUAAAGACGAAAAUGGCAGAAACACAGGAUGUAGAUUCAAAAAUGUAAAGAUAAAGAAUGAUAAAGCUUACUUCCGGGUGGACGGGUCUAGCAAACACUCCUCGAUCCAGUUGUAUGAUGAAUAUAUUAAACUGUAUAAAAUUGAAAUACUCACUCCCCCACUAAAUGUCACUGUCAAUUGUACUAAAGCUCCAGAAGGUUGCCUAAUUACAUGGAAACCACCCCAUACAAGUCAUUUGGGAAUGACAAACUGUUUUCAGUAUGAAAUUAGCAUACAGAGUAAGUCAGUUGUCAUCUCCUUCCAAGGUACUGGAGGUACCGGACGUACCUACAUGGAGAUGGAAGAUGUAACUCUCACCUUUCAGGAGGGGCCAUCGAAGGAUGAGCCCAAAAAGAAUCCUCCUGUAAAAGUAAGAACUGAGAGAUACAAAUACCAAAAUUACAAUGAGAAAAACAUAUACAUUCUGAGAAUCAGAGCCCGUGGAAACGCUUGCUUCGUAAGCUCAAACUGGGGGGAAUGGAGUGAACACGUUGAGUUUGGUGAAGGGAAAGAUCACUCUAUUUUUGUGAUUCUAUUUCUGAUAGCACUUGGAACAAUCGCAGUGACCCUGCUCCAAUAUUUUCUUUUCAAAAGGUAUUGCAGUUUCAAAAGCAUAUUUACUCCCAUUCCAAAACCAAGAAACAAAUUGAAUGCAUCGACUUACGAAGACAUCCAGACAGAGUAUGUAAAUCUACCCAAAAAACCUUGUAUGGAGGAAAUAACUAUGGUUGAAGAGAUGACCUAA